CGCAAAUUUCAGACGUACCCGUAAACAAAUACCACCAUUACUAGAACAUGAUAUUAAGAUGCCUUUAACCAAACUUUCUUCCAAUAGUUUUCCUUUUGGUGGUAAUUCUACACAAUUCUCAACAGCAGAAGGAAGUCUGUUAGGUAAGGGAUUAACGACAUCUGUAGACAGGGCCUUACAGACGACUGCUGGGAGGUUUGAGUGGCUUACACUAGUCCUCAGGGACAUGACGGACGGGGACGGGUGCCAGCACAACUGCUCGGGUCACGGGACAUGUGACAAUGGAAUGUGUGUGUGUAUGGUGCAGUACGCAGGAGACUUUUGUCAAGACAAAAACACGGGUUAUUUUGUGGCAUUUGGAAGCAUUUUUGCCACCUUAAGUGCAGUCGCCAUCAUUCAGCUAGCGUUAUGUAUCCACAAUGAGUACAUCAGGCAAAAACAUAAGUCUGUGAAGAAGGUUCUCCGAAUUAACGCCCAGAAACUCCUGUAUGUUUUGACAUUCUUUGCCACCGCUAUCAAAUGCAUUUACUUUUUUACAAAGUGGAGUAUAUCAGACAUUGCUUCCUCUAAUCUCUCCAGUGCGUUCUAUCCCGUCAUGCUCUCCGGGUUUUCAUUUAUAAUCUGCUUCUGGGCGGAGGCGUUUCAUCUCGGCGACAUCAAGUUCGACAAGCCACGUUUUCUGGGUAAAUCCAUCAUCGGAUUUCUCACUUUUAACUUCCUGAUGUACGCUCUUCUCUUUCUACAACUCGUCUCCACCGAAAUCAUUGAUGAUCUGGACACAACCGAGCUGAUCACCAAGGUGUGUAAUUGUUGCUUCGCGUGUCUAAUGAUCGUAGCAGUGGUCUUUUUCCUCGGGUAUGGUGUAGAGGUCUACUUUAAGGUACAUGGGGCAUUCAACAGCAGGACUGGGAGCGUGGAUACUUGGCAGCUUCACGCGUCUCGCCUUGGGCUGAUUGCACAGGCGAUUUUACAACUGGUCACAGCGUUAUUCAUUAUAGCAGAUGUGAAAGGGGAUAUUUGGAAAAAUCAUUUGCCAAUAAUAAGUCAAAACUUUUACGACAUUGGAUUUAGAAUUGUUGAGUUUGGUGUCGUGCUUUGGUUUCCAUGUGUCCUGUGGAAUUGUAAAAGCCCAGAAAACCUAUGGGUGUUAAAUCCGACCACCUUGUUCAAAAGUUUGAAGACGUCAGAGAAGUCUGAAACGGACGCGGUGAGGGAUGUUUCUCAAGAGAACUACGGUUCGGUGUACCAAAUACAAGGCUUAAAACAAGACUGUUGGAUUUGUUAUGAUCCCGACAGAACAGACGCGGGGACACUCAUUCAACCAUGUCAGUGUCGUGGUGACGUAGCUUCUGUCCAUCAUGAAUGUCUCCGAAAAUGGCUGAUAGAGUGUGCUGACCAACAGAAAGAAUUAAAAUGUAAAGUUUGCAACGAAUCUUAUAAAGUUAGUGGAGGAUGGUCUUGGUUUCCAAGAGGACUGAAACCUCGUCACUGGUUACAGAAUUUCCUCAUUUUGAUCGUGAUCACGUCUGUCCCUUUCAUCACAUACGCCAUAACCCACUCAGUGACGUCAUUAUACAUCAGAAUAUUUGUGAUUGGUGCAUGCAUUCUUGUGGAAAUUGGUUGUCUUAGAAUUCUGGCCUCAAGUUUUGGCGUCUGUUACAAACGGGGACGACUCUCUACCCUUACAAUUUCUGGGCGUGAAGUCAAUAGUGUCAUAGAAACUCUACCCAUGCCUUCAACGACGUCACUUCCGGCACACUCAGCUAAUGUGGAAACAACUGGUGAGAGUGUUCAGUGCAGCAAAAAUAAGACAAAUAACUCCUCAGAUUGUGGAACUUUGAAUGAAACUUUCCAAGACAUUCCAAAUUCCUUAUCCGUGAAGGCUGUUAUUGAACAAAGCUGACCAAUGUACAUGCAUUGUAGAAAUAGUUAAGAUC